AUGGAGUCGGACACAGACUUGGAGGAUGAGCAGCUGCAUGAUCUUUGGGGCGGUGUUGGCACUCCUGAUCCACGCUUUGACGAAGAUGGUGACUUCUACGGUAGAGGCAAAGACACGUUUGUCGGAUUAACUGCGAACCCGGGCGAUAUUGACAAAUUUUUGAUCGCUGCUGGCAACGCGGAGCAAUUCGAUGGCAACGCCAGUGUCGACAAGGCUCUCGAAAAACUCGGAUUGAAGAGCCUGUAUCAUCUCCUUCCAGGAAUGGCCGUUACUUUGUUGCCCCACCAGGUUAUUGGCGUUGCAUGGGUGUUGGAACGCGAAAAAUGUGGCGACAGAGGUGGCUGCUUGAGCGAUGAAAUGGGUUUAGGCAAGACGGUGCAAAUCAUCUCGGUGGUCGUCGCCAACCCGUCCGGUGACCCGAGAUGCAAGACGAACCUUAUUGUUGCUCCGCUGGCCUUACUGGACCAGUGGAAACUUGAGAUCGAGAUGAAGACAACCAACAAUUUGAAGUGUCUAGUUUACCAUGGGCCCAACAAACCCCGCAGAAAGACUGACCUGAUGAAAUAUGAUGUAGUGCUGACUACGUAUCAUACUCUUGCACUGGAAUGGCCAGACCUAGAAGCGGAACAGAAGGCCAAGGAGAAGGCUAGAAAGGGCAAGAAAAAGAGUAGCAAUGAUUCCUUUAUCGAAAGUGAUUCGGGAGAUGACAGGAAACCUAAGAAGAAAAAGAGAGAAUUGGGGCUUCUCUUCCAGGUCGAGUGGUACCGUGUUAUUCUUGAUGAAGCACAGAACAUUCGCAACCGGCGCACAAGAAUAUCUCGCAGCGUCACCAAUCUUGACACAACCUACCGCUGGUGCCUCACUGGCACUCCCAUUAUCAAUGGCCUAGUCGACGCAUACGCUCUAUUUCGCUUCCUUCGCCUCCGUCCUUUCUAUGAUUGGCACGAGUUUAACGGACACGUCUCCAUCAUCGAGAAAAGGAAUCCUGAAUUGGCAAGCACGAGAUUGCAGGCUAUUUUCACAUCGAUUAUGCUGCGUCGCAAGAAGGAUUCAAUGUUAGACGGCAAGAGACUCAUCGAACUUCCCACGAAACAUGUAGAGAUGGAGAAACUAGAGUUCUCUCAAGAAGAGCGGGACAUAUACCAGAUGGUCGAAGCUCGCUCCCAAGCUAGGUUCAAUCGCUUUCUCCGCGCUGGUACUGUCUUGAAAAACUAUCAUCAAGUCCUUGUCAUGCUGUUACGCCUACGCCAAGUUUGUUCCCACCCCGCUCUUAUCCAGGAGACUUCCGAAGCAUUGGUUGCAGAAGAUCAGCUGAUUGGCGGGCAUGACUUCAAAGCUGAACGGACCCGCGCAGCUCGGCUUCUGUCGACAGAUUUUGUGACAAAGCUGAGGGCGAAGUAUCUCCAGUGCACGAUGGACCCGCAUGCAAGCAGAAAAAGAGGUUCCCCCGAUGCCACUGCUGAGGGCGAGGAAUGCCCCAUCUGCAUGGACACGUUUACCGAAGCACGUGUAACGGCCUGCGGUCACGCAUUUUGUCGCGAGUGUGUCGCUAAUGUCCUCAACUCUCCCUUUGUCCAAGAUGCGGAGGACCCCCGUAAAUACAGGGGCAACGAGAAGCCUUGUCCUAGCUGCCGCGCUCCUAUCUCUGCCAAUGCCAUUUUCAUCCGCGAAGCAUUCGAACCUACGGAUGCCGAGCUGUCGGGAACAUCAUCCAGUAGCAUGAACAUGGACUCUGACGACGAGAUGCUCAAUAUCUCUGAUAUAAUGCGUCAGGGAACGAAAGGAAAAGACAGGGCCACACGCACCCGUAAAAAGCGUGCUGUGUAUGACUCGGACGAUGAAUCAGAAGACGCCGACGACGACAUGAGCGAUUUCAUUGUCGAGGAUGACGAGGAUGAAGAAGAAGAAGAAGAGAAGGAUGUCAGGCGCGACAUCAAGAAACGUCUGAAAAAACGCCGCGCGAUGGUCGUUGAGUCUGACGAUGACCUUGACGCAGAUGAGAGAGAAGUAGUCAUAGGUAGGAGUACCAGGAAGGUGCCUGCUGCCACGGGUCAAGUCAAAAUGAUGUCGCGUUUCCUCCCUUCCACAAAGAUGAACCACAUGAUGGAGCAUCUAGAAAAAUGGGCCAAGGAAGACCCUGAGGACAAGACCAUAAUCAUCUCCCAGUGGACCGAAUGUCUCAAACUUGUCUCCGACUUCCUGGCGGAGAGGAAAAUACCUCAUGUCAAGUAUCAAGGGUCGAUGAGUCGCAAUCAAAGGGAUCAGGCUGUCCGAGUGUUCAUGAUGAGCAACAGCGCACAGGUCAUGCUUAUGUCUCUGAAAUGCGGAGGUGUUGGGUUGAAUUUGACAAGGGCUAAUCGCGUCAUCUCCCUCGAUCUUGGUUGGAGCGAAGCGAUCGAAAGCCAGGCGUUUGACCGAGUUCACCGUCUAGGUCAACAGAAAGAGGUCUUCGUGCAAAGGUUGGUCAUCGCCAAUACUGUCGAGGAUCGUGUACUUGCUCUCCAGGAACGCAAGGUAAGGGAGAUUGAUGGCAGUCUUGGUGAAGGCUCUGGAAAGAAGAUUGGCAGUGAGUAUUUGUCAUGA